CUGCAGUCGUCGGCGCACCGUCCGUAAGUGCAUAUUUGUUAGGUUCUCGUCGGGUGCAACAGCGGUCAUCGCGAUCUGGUUCGCAGGGAUAUCGGCCGAUCGAACCGUGACACUCGUCACAAAUAAAUAAUAACGCCGAACGGUAACGGGUUAUUAUAAAAUAAUCAUAUUAAAAUAUCGUGUCGAGAGACGACUGCGGUCGCGUCUGAUUCCAUUGUUUUGUCAUAUUGCACUGCCGCGAAAAACAACAUGAAAGUGCAGCACGCCGAGGAAGCGUUCGGCUCGUCAGCCGGACGCUACGGCGGCGGUGCGAGCGACAUGUCCGCGGCUUUUCGGGUGUCGUGCCGGAUCCGCGAAGACUGCACCGGUAACGGCAGGACGUGUUGCGAUCGGUCCACGGCAAAAGCCUCGUCCGUCUCCGUGACCGACACAUUCGAUCGCAGUGACGCCGCCGCGGUCGGCCGUGUCGACGACGACUGUCAGAACUGUACAGCCGAACAGCGGUGCGUCCGAAAACCUCGCCGCCGGUCCGGAUCGUGGCCGAGAACGCGGUCGCUGAACGCCCCUAGCCCCGUCCAACAGUUUGGACCAUGCGGCCGUAUCAUGAAAACUUCUGCAUUGAUCACAACGAUUCAAGAUCCAGCCAGUCAACGCUUGACGUGGUACAAAAAUCCUUUGUCUGUAUUGGUGAUAAAAAAAGUUAGAGACAUGUCUGUUUUACCACCAUUCAUUGAACUCGUCAGAUGGCUAAUACAAGAAAAAAGCAUGAUAGUAUUUGUGGAACAUUCUGUGAUGGAAGACACAAUGCUUUCUAGUAACUCGGGCUUCAUGGAAAUACGAGAGAAAUUAAACUCUUUUCAAGAUGGCAAAGAUGAUCUAACAGACAAAAUAGAUUUCAUUAUUUGUUUAGGUGGAGACGGCACUCUGCUCUACGCUAGUCUUUUGUUUCAGCAAUCUGUACCACCAGUUAUGGCGUUCCACUUAGGUUCUCUGGGUUUUUUAACGCCUUUUAAGUUUGACAAUUUCCAACAGCAAGUGACUAACGUACUUGAAGGACAUGCUGCUUUAACGUUACGCAGUAGACUUAGGUGUAUAAUUGUUAGAAAAAAUGAAGAUAAAGAAAAGCCUCAGCCAAAUUUACUGGUACUUAAUGAAGUGGUUAUUGACCGCGGACCAUCACCAUACCUUUCAAAUAUCGACUUAUUUUUAGAUGGGAAAUACAUAACAUCUGUUCAAGGAGAUGGUUUAAUUGUCUCAACACCAACUGGAAGUACAGCAUAUGCAGUUGCUGCGGGAGCAUCAAUGAUUCACCCAAGUGUUCCAGCCAUCAUGGUGACACCUAUAUGCCCACAUUCUUUGUCUUUCAGGCCAAUAGUAGUACCAGCUGGUGUUGAAUUAAAAAUAACGGUAUCACCAAAUAGCCGCAAUACGGCCUGGGUUUCAUUUGAUGGUCGUAAUCGACAAGAAAUAUUUCAUGGUGAUAGCUUACGAGUAACUACAUCAAUAUUUUCGUUACCAUCAAUAUGUGCUCAAGACCAAAUAUCUGAUUGGUUUGAUUCAUUGGCUGAAUGUCUACAUUGGAAUGUGCGAAAACGACAAAAGCAUUUUGAGGAAUUGUCUGACCUGGCACAUUCCAAGUAUGAAGAUUCACUAAAUUCAACGUCAAAAGACACUUUAUUAGUUACGGAUUAACAGGGUAUAAUUGAAGUUCAAUGUUAACCAACAGAUACCUUAUCCUCAAAUUGAUGAGCACCUGUACUACCAUUGGUGCUUACAAAUGGAUUUCAAAUUUGUGCAAAAUAAUUUUUUUAUUAUUAUUAUUAUUAUUA